CGCACAGCGACGCUUCGCGACUAGAGCUAUCGAGCACGACUGACAGGCCUGGUGUUGGACCAUUGUCAGCCAGUCGCUGAGUAGUUCUGCUUGGAGUCGGUGACCAGUCGGCUCUCUUGUUUUGGAUCGCGAUCGUGCGGCUGCACCGCCCUCGUCGAAAAGAUCGCACACUUUAUCUAGCCUGACCAUGAACCCGCUGAGCCCCAUCGAGGAGAGCAAGCCAGCCAUGUGCCUGUCGCCGCAGGAGAAGCUCAAGAGCGCCGGCAAGCGCUCGCAUGCCGCGGGCGUGCUGGCCGGCGCCAGUGACGCCAAGAAGGCCCGAAUGGACGACAUGUUCAAGAACGAGUUCGAGCUGGAACUCGACGGCUGGAUCAGCGACGACUACCUGCGCGCAAUGGAUUUUGACGACCGCCUGAACCAGGACAUCGACUGGGUGGCCCACGACGAGAUGGACCUCGCGCUGAGCAUGGACGCUCUGGCGCAGGACCACACGACGGGCGACGACGUGAACGACUUCGGCUUCGGGCCGUCCUUGCUGCGCGGUGGCCUGGCCUU